UACCCUUCACCUACAACUUUAACACGACGACCUCCUCUGACCUGCACCUCCACAUGCUGCGAUGGCAUCCCUCCAAGACUCACUCCUAUCCCUAAACGCAACAACCUGGGAUGCUAUCCCUAGCGACCAAUCUUCGCUCCGAGAAUACAUCAUUGACCUUCGAGCCAAAGCCCGUCUGAUCACUGACUCCGUCCCUGAGCCCCCGCCCUCUGACACAAUAAGCACCCUCAACGACAUUAAAUUAAAGCCCUCACCUGCACGCCUUGGCACAAAGAAUGAGUCCACCCUCGCCAACCAAAAGCAAUGGAGCAAACCGAUCGUCAAACCAACGCCCAACAAAGACAAUCCUCUCGGGAUACCGGUUUAUAAGCUAUCCGGCACAGACGGCCAAGGGCACUGGUUUGGUCGGCGCAGCGUACACAAGGGUCUACCAUACAGUGUGUGGGAGAAGAAACUGUCGAGCGAGAUGGCAGAGACAUUGAGAACGAACCAGGAACGUGUCCAGAAGGGGCAGGCACCUGACAUGGCGGUUCGGGGAAUUGGUGCGCAGCGGGGGCUUGAAACGAUUGAGGUCAAGGAUGAGGAUGGGGAGGAGCUUGUUGGGAAGGUGAAUGUUUACCAUGUAAGUGCGUCGUUUCCGAAACCGACGACAAGCCGAGAUUUCGUGGUUAUGAUCGUUACGUGGGAUAAGGGGUUUGUGGAGUAUAAGAGGGACGAUGGGGAUGUGAUACAAAAGGAGGAGAGAGAAGGCCGCAGUUGGAUGAUGGUUUCGAAGCCUGUCGAGCAUCCGGAUGCACCCGAGGGAGACGAAUAUAUUCGUGGACAGUAUGAGUCGGUUGAGAUGAUCAGAGAGAUUUUGAUGGACAAGGAUGGUUCUGAGACAGAUGCUGAAUCUGAGACUAACCCUGUCGAGUGGACCAUGGUGACGAGAAGUAACCCCGGGGGUACGAUCCCGCGGUGGAUGGUCGAGAAGGGAACUCCGAAAAGCAUUUGCACAGAUGCAGCCAAGUUCCUAGAGUGGGCGAGUCAGGAUCCCGAGGCCGCUACAAAAGCGCGGGAGCAGGCACAAAGCCCUGCUGGAUCUAAGACCAGCCAGGUGGAUGGGACAGCUGCGAGUGCGGCUGUUGGUGAUUCAUCAGACAGUGAUAGCAGUUUGAGCUCUGAGUACGAGCAGGAAGAGCAUCACGGCCUCAUCGCGAGCGUGGGUCAUCUUCUCAACGCCGGUCUGGAGCGCUACGCGCCACAAGCUGUCUUAGAUUACAUACCUACGCAGUCACGGCAGUCAUCAUCGAGCCAUGCGACGCCAAGUUCGAAAUCGAACAUAAUCAACGAACAUACUCCUGAACCUCAACAAGCAAAACACGAAGACGCCCAUGACCACGACGACGGCCUCUCGCAAGCAUCCAUCACCUCCUCCCUCCGCGCAGAAGAAACAACCCCCGGCGACAUGCUCGACAUCUCCGCAGCCGAAAUACUUCAGCGAAAUCGCAAGGGCAAGCUCUCCUCGCAUGAGCGGCAACUCGCCAAACUGGCCCAGGAGAAACGCAGCGUCGAGGCCCAGAUCCAGCUCGUCCGAUCAGACAUCCACGCUCUCGGCCUGCGUGCCCCAGAUGAGCAAGAAGUCAAGAAAGAGACAACAUCUGCGCGGGCCUCAGUAGACAAGCCUGGCAGUCCAAUAAGUCCCAACAGCAGCACCAACAAACUCACCUCCGACAGCACAUCAAGCAGCAGCGCCACCAAAAACCGUAGCCGCUCUGGCACGCCGGCCCCCGCAUCCGAUACGCCACAGAUGCAUAAAGUCGCCUCCGGCCUCUUCCGGGAAGAAGCCAAGCUCGUCCGUCGCCUUUCCAAGAUUGAGCGGCACCAGAUCAAAGAGGCGGCUAAGAUUGAGGCGAGGCAUCGGAAAGAAGCGGAGAAGGAGGAUAAGGCACGAUCGCGCGACGAGACAGAAGUUUUGAAGAGGGAGGUUGAGCACCUGAAGAAAGAGUGCGAGAGAUUGAAGGGUGAGCGGAAGCAGUGGCUUAGCCUUAUCAAGGCGUUGCAGGCGGAGAACACGAAAUUGGCGAGGCAGGGAAAUGCGGCAGCGAUAGAUGGGAAUACAAAGUAAUGAAAUGCGCAAAAUAUGUAUAUGGUCAGGGUUGAAUUGAGCAUACAUGCUGUAUAUUAUUAUAAUGAUAGGAACGAACUCAGAACCUCUGGGAGGUUUAUCUACCGAUAUUUUGUCCGUCCAAAAUAUGCCCGUAGAAUAACGCCAUAGACGCCGCGUAACGUGCAUGCCUCAUAUCAUCUCUUACCACAAUAGACCCCUUACGGCCCCAGAUACUGUCCGUUCCACGUGUUGUAGCAUAUCCGACGUCUCACACAAUUGUACCGUGGAUCAUAGCGACUAUCACUGUAAUCGAAUCGAAGCAGUCGCUCCAAACCCUGCCCGCGCCGAUUUCAGACCAGGGGCAUCAAGUCGGCCGAG